AUGGCCAAGUCGCGAAGACACGCUGCAGACCGCCUCCUGGGCCGCGCCGCCGGGACCGACCUCCCAGACCUCACUGAGGAGGAGGUCUUAUGGCCCAUCGGCGACUCCUCCAGGUGGCGCCGGGCCGAUCCCGACCGCGCCAGCUGUGACGGGGAGGUCGACCGGUGCGCUCGUCCCGCCGUCGCAUCCUCGGCACCGGUAGAGGUGCCGGUCUGGCCCAGUUUCCUCCGCGAUCGUCCCUCCGGUCGGGCGGAGAUCGAGGAGGAGGAACCGACGAAGGGUGAUUGGAUGCCGCCGCACGAGUACCUGGCGAGGUCCAAAGGGCGGAGCGUUGCGAUGUCGGUGAUGGAAGGCGCCGGCCGGACACUGAAGGGCCGGGACAUGAGCCGAGUUCGGGACGCGGUCUGGAGUUGGACCGGAUUCAACGGUUGA